AUGGACGGUUGUGUUUUCAAGAAAUGUUUUCCUGUUUCCUGUUUUCCUGACCCUCUCCAGGGUCACCUGUACAAUGUGGAUGAGCUCCUGGCACUCCAAAGAAGCCACCUUACCUACCUGGAGGAGUGCUAUCAUGAAGAACUCGUUACUCUCAACAAGGAAUUUGAGACUGAGAGGAAGAUGAUCAUUGAACAUCAUGAGAAAGAAAUGCGCUACCUCCAGGAUGUUUUCCUGGCCAUGGAGCAGAACUUCACAGAAACUGAAUAUGAAGCUAAGCUCCAGUUUCAAAGCAUGUGGGAUGCCCUCAAAAAUAAGAACCUGGAAGAGAAGCACUUUCUGCAAAUGCAAUUAGAAACCACAGUAGAAGAUCUGUGGAGAAGGUUCCAGGAGGCACUCAGGAACUAUACUGAUGCCAUAGAAGACAGGAAGCUUGCCUUUGAGACCUUGAAGUUAAGGGAUGAGAAGAGCUCCAAAGAGAUAGAGGCACAGAUGAAAAAAAUACAGAAAAUACAGGACUCCAUCGCUAUCCUACUGAGCAAGCUCAUGGUGUACACCUGUGAGAAUGAGGAACAGAACCAACAUAUCCAUGAAAACAAAGACCUGGUCCACAUGCAACUCCAGCAUCUCAAACAGCAAAUGAAUCAAGCCCGGGGAGUGGCUCAGCACAGUCUGGCCAAGCUGACUUGGGAGAGUAACAUCACCCUUAAAGCCCUGAAGAAAAUUGUUGAGAAGGGAGAGCGCAUCCUCAAACUGUCUGAAAUAUGUAGGAAGUUUGAGACAGAGGAGGAGAAAGUCCUGCCCUUCUAUGCCUCCAUGUUGACAGAGGAGGAACUGUAGGAAGUGGAGUUAAAUGCUCAUGAGGAGCCCACAAUAGAACUUGCUAAGUUGAUGGAGAACUAUACAAAUUUGGAGAAUUUCUGGAAAAGAUAUAACAAGGUGAAGCUAGAGCAACUAAGCCUAGAGCGAAGACGGGCCCAGCUGCUGGAAACCAACAAGAAGCUGAGGCAGAUGCUCAAGCAGUACCUAUAUAGCAUCUCCGUGAGCGAUGAAGUGAUGAGCCAGCUCAACCCACUCCUGAUUGUCAACAACCACAGCAACAUCCCCCCAACCCCCAAAGAGAACAUAGUGCGGGACCAGGUCUAUAACAUAUCAAAGGAGCCCACGUCCACAUGCUGCAAGAGCCUUCUCCUCUACUAUAUCCUCAGGGGGCAAGAGGUGGGCAGCAUAUGCCAGGCGGUUGGCACUCCCACAGGGGUGAGGAGGAGGAGGAGCAUGCGCAAGGAUCGCAGGUGGGCAACAGCCACUGCUCUCAUGGAGCUCCUGGUCCAGUCAGCUGGGGAGGGGGAGAAGGGGUGUGGCCAUGCCAAUGGAAGACUGGGCGGGGCUCUGGUCCACUUGCAACAGAGGAAUGCCUGGAACUGA